GUCACGUAUGUCAUUUGUCAUUUCACAACAGAGACACUUUUAAUGUAAAUUUUUGAUACAAAUUUUAAUAAAUUUAAAAAAACAAAGACAAUUUAUACGGUUUAUAAUUAAUUGAAGCAAUGUGGAAAUUUAUUAUCGUCGCGCUCGUCACCUUUUCGGCUGUUGGCAUUCUGUCAGACAAUUUUUCGCGCGUUGAGGAUCAUCUGAUCGUGAAGCGGCAAAGUAAUUUUGAAUUUAUUAUCCUCCACAACAACGACAUGCAUGCCAGAUUCGAGCAGACGAACAUGAAGAGUGGCACCUGUUCCAAGGACGACGCCAAGAAGAAUAAGUGCUGUGGGGGAUACGGCAGGGUGGCUAACAUAGUUCGCAAAUAUAGGAAAGCAGCUGACAGUGGCGGUCUACCUGUGAUAUUUCUGAAUGCUGGAGAUGUAUACACCGGAACAGCCUGGUUCACCAUUUUUAAGCACGAGAUUGUUACAGAUUUUAUGAACAAACUGGCACCAGAUGCUAUUUCUCUGGGUAACCAUGAGUUCGAUAAAAACAUUGCGGGCUUAGUGCCAUUUUUGAACGGGGCCACCUAUCCCAUUUUGGCCUGUAAUCUUAACACAAAGGGGGAACCCGACGUCGCAUCGUCCAAGCUUGCAAAGUCCACAAUCCUAACCGUAAAGGAUGUAAAAGUAGGAGUUAUUGGCUUUCUUACUCCAGAUACCGCAUUUUUGGCGGCCAAGAAUAAACUUGUGUUCUACGAUGAGAUUCCUUCCAUAAACGCUGAGGCAAAGAAACUGAAGAGUCAGGGAAUUAAUAUUUUAAUUGCUGUGGGCCACUCUGGUUACAAAACGGACCAGGAGAUUGCCAAGAAUUGCCCUGAGGUGGAUGUGGUCGUCGGUGCGCACUCCCACACUUAUCUGGAUGCCAAUAAGCCGGUGGCGGAUAUCAAGGAUAGUUCGCCCGAAGCGGUCCGGGGUCCCUAUCCCACGGUUGUGGUCCAGAGUAGUGGGAAAAAGGUACCAGUGGUGCAGGCAUAUGCCUUUACCAAAUAUAUGGGCAAACUUAUAGUGAAGUUUGAUUCCAAAGGCAAUCUCAAAGACUUCAGUGGCGCGCCGAUAUUGCUGGGACCCAAAAUGCCACAGGAGCAGGAUAUGCUUGAUUUACUCGAAAAGUAUCGUCCCAAGGUCGAGGAGUUAGAAAGGACCAUAUAUGGGAAAACAAAUGUAUUGCUUGAGGGUGGAGGCAUUUGCCGCAAUCGGGAGUGCAACUUGGGAAAUUUGAUCUCUGAUGCCAUGGUGUUCACGCGAGUAUCGGAAAAUGAGGGCAAUCACUGGACGGACGCACCUAUUGGCUUAAUUCAAGGGGGAGGAAUAAGAGCGUCUAUUGAAAAGGAAGCCGACAGAAACAUAAAUGGUGCCACUUUGAUGACAGUCCUACCAUUUGAAAACGACGUGAUGAUGACCAGAAUCAGUGGAAAGAAGCUUAUGGCUGCUUUGGAGCAUUCAGCCACGACCAGACUUCGAGACUCGAAUGGGGGAUUCCUUCAAAUGUCUGGUUUAAAGGUGGUGUACGACUACAAUAAUCCAGAAGGAAAACGAGUGGUGUCAGCCUUGGCUCGGUGCUCCAACUGCUCGGUGCCGGUCUAUGAACCCAUAAAGGAGGACGCCAAGUACCAGGUGAUUGUUUUAGAAUACGUCCUGGAAGGAGGUGAUGGAUAUGAUCUAAACGAUGAUGAUAAUCCCCAUAAUGAGCGCCUGUUGUUGAACGACAUCAAUUGCGCCAUAAAUUACAUUAAGCUUCAACAAUUCGUGUACCCCAAGAUGGAGGAACGAAUAACGAUUGUGGAAAGCGACAGAGCUUCCAUGCCAAGAAGUCCUUUUGCCUUUUUGCUAAUACUAAUAACCUCCCUUCAGAAUAGGUUUUUUUAAAAACGGAUUCUCAAAAUUAUAUAACUUUUUUAGGAAAGUUUAAUGUUGAAAAAAGUCAAAUAUAACUCGAAAAACUUUUUCUUAUUUUA